CGACGCUAUAGUGCUCAAAUUCCUCCGCCUGCUCUCGCUAUACAUUCCACCGCAAAUAGGGACUACGAAAUGGGUAGAGACCGCUCUCGCUCUGUGACUCCAGACCGCAGGGACCGUGAUCGUGACCGUUACCGCGACAGGUCUCCUCGCGCGCGAUCCCGAGACCGCGAAGGACGGAAGGAGUCGCGCAGGUCUGACGGAAAGGACGGAGAACGCGACCGCCCCCCUCGUAGUAGGCAGCGUAGCGUGAGCAAAGAUAGGGACCGCAAGUCUCACCGGCGGCACAGAGAUAGAAGUGGCAGCUCGGAGCGGGAUAAGAAGAAGCGCAAACGUGACAAAUCCGAAGACCGGAAGGCUCGAAAGGCUGAGAAGAAGCGAGCUAAGGAGGAAGAGGAGGCCCGGCGAGUCGCGGAGUUGAGCGUGUACAGCGCGACUGACAACCCCUUCCACGACGUCAACCUUGACCAGCAGUUCCGCUGGCACAAGAAGAACGAGAAAGAGAAGAAACAGGGGCUGUCCCUUGAGGAGUCGCAGCGGAGGGAUGCUCUACGCCGACAGGAAGCUAAAGAGGAGCUGGAGCGGCUGAACAAGAGGCGCGCUGAACGAGAGGCAGAACAAAGGAUACGCGAGGAGGAGGAGAUCAGGAUGCAUAGGCUGCAAGAGUCUGCUCAGAUGUCUGAAUGGCUCGGGAAGGAGGAAGACUUCCAGCUGGACCAAGAGCGCAACAGGGCCAUGAUUCGUAUCAAGGAGAAGAGGGCGAAGGCCAUCGACUUCCUCGCGUUGAAUCUGCGCUACGUCAAUCCCACCACCGAGGAGGAGGGCGAUGAUGAUGAAUUGACCAAGGAAGGUCUGGAGAUUGACCUCGACGAGCCGUAUACCAUUGUCGACAGCCUUACUCCCGAGCAAGUAGAGGAGCUACACGACGAUAUUGAGAAGUAUCUUCGCCUCGAGAAGUCAGAGUCGAGUCUCGAGUUUUGGACGAACAUGAUGGUAGUUACAAAGGAUGCGCUAGAGCGCGUGAAAGCUUCACGUAGAAUGGGCGCCGCGGCCGCAGCCGCAGUCGAGUCCGAUAUCUCUGCUCUGCUGCAGGGCAAGUCAUACGAUCACCUAGUGCAGCUGCAAAAGCAGAUACAAGCCAAGCUCCUCAGCGGGGAACCCAUAGACACAGACUAUUGGGAGAAUCUCCUACAGAAAUUGCUCGUGUGGAAAGCAAAGGCCAAGCUUCGGACUUUCCACGAGGUCGUCGUCCGCAACCGUCUUGAACAGCUCCGGAAGCGGCAGCGGGACGAAGCACUUCAGGCUCAGGAAGAGCUAUUGGCUGGCGUCGCGAGAUCCGCUCAGAGGGGUGACGCCCGAAAUGUGAUUCCCGCAGAAGGCGUGGAGAAGGAAGUUGCGGAGGACGUCGAACCCUACGACCGCUCAAUGAGCCCGCAAUUGGUAGACAUCCGUGAUUUGAAGCACGACGAACGAGAGAUGGACAUUCUCACGACAAUCGAGGACCUCCGUUAUUUGAUGCAACAACGCCGCAAUGUUGCAGGAUCUCGGUUUAUCGCCAAGCCGGUCGAGGCACCCGCCGAAGAACAGGUUGUCGAAGCCCCGAGCAACGCAGACCUCGCGGAGGCCCUGUACCGCGCUGAGGCCGAACGGGAGCUGGAUGAAGAGGAGGAGCUCUUCAAUGUGGAAGAGGCGAUCAAUCGCACGACCGCAUACAACUGGGAGGACAAGCAUCGUCCGCGGAAGCCCAGGUACUUCAACCGUGUCCACACCGGUUACGAGUGGAACAAGUACAACCAAACACAUUACGAUACGGACAACCCUCCUCCCAAGGUUGUGCAAGGCUACAAGUUCAAUAUCUUCUAUCCCGACCUCAUCGACAAGUCGAAGGCGCCGACAUACAAGAUCAUCAAGGAGCCCGGCAACGACGAGACAGUCCUUUUGUACUUCAGCGCUGGCCCUCCAUACGAAGAUAUCGCGUUCCGGAUCGUCAACCGCGAAUGGGAGUUCUCUCACAAACGAGGGUUCCGGAGCAGUUUCGACCGGGGAUGUCUCUCGCUUUGGUUCAACUUCCGUCGGAAUUUCUACCGCAAGUAAGACUGCUGGUCGUAUUUUUUUGGACCUGCUAUGUAUUAUAUUCUGC